AUGCCUGCCAACCAUAUUGUGCUUGGUGUUGCUUCCUGCGGUCACUCGUUCAACGUCUCUCGACUCUCUCCCUCUGACGCCUUCGCAUCCGGCACGAAGACGCUGGCUGCAUACCCCACUUUCAACGCAUCCAAUCAACCCCUGGGUGAUGUAUGGGGUGGCGUUGCUGGUGUCGACAUCUGUGGCGUGUCCGAGGCCGCAGGUGGCACUUUCAAUUUCUGGGGUCUCAUUGACAUCGGUUUCCUCACCGAGCAAGACAUGCCUGCAUUCACUAUAGAUAUGACGAGUGCACCGUAUGUAUACAAUGAGACCUCACAUGUUAUGAUCUCGUUCAACAACGUUCAGUCAUUUUCUGCCAAGGGCAAGUAUAUCAAAAAGACCGGGCUGCGCGGUUUCGCAAUGUGGGAGGGUGGUGAUUACAACGAUAUGCUCGUUGACUCUAUCAUCGAUGCUGACGUGUAUUAUAUUAGUACGUUUCCCGACACGUCCGGUGACCUCUCUCAGUCAUCAGAACUUUCCUGGACUAGUAUGCUACUAAAGCGCUAG